AGGGGUCAUUUCACAAUGGCCGCCAUCACAAGAUGGCCGAUGACAUUAUGCUUUGAACUAUGCAGACAACCAAACGGUUUCGGCGGACAAUGUCGAAUAUUAAAAGACUGCAAACCAUUACGGGAUCUAAACAAGAAAAGACUGAAAACAGCAGACGAAGUACUCUACAUCAAACAGUCUUCAUGUGGCUAUUUUUCGGAUUAUCAAUACACGGUUUGCUGUCCUUUAGAGACUGAAUGGUUAAGAUUUAGAACGAUCAAUCCUUUGACGAAUGACGUCGGACUUGACUUAACAUACGACAAAAUAGACAUCGACGGAGUCACAAUCGGCAAUAAUAACUCAAGUGAAACUGCGAAAAUAUUAGAAUGUGGAAAUGUAGUUAAACUAACUUCUAGAAUAAUGGGUGGUGAUAUCACAUCCAUCGAACAAUAUCCAUGGCUAGUGCUGUUAGAAUACCGAGGUGGGGACACUCUGUGUGGUGGCAGUUUGAUCACUGAACGAUUCGUCCUCACUGCUGCCCAUUGUUUGUCUGAUGUCUCGUUAGGAGCACCUAAAUAUGCGCGCCUCUCUGAAUACGACACCUCAACAUAUCCAACAGACGUGGUAACCAUAAAAGGCGAGCAAGUGCGUAUAACAGUCGAAAUUGUCGAAAUUAUAAAGAAUAUUAUCCACCCGAGGUACUCAAGGUCGACUUUAAGAAAUGACAUCGGACUUUCGAAACUGAAAACCGACGUAGUUUUUACAGAUUUCAUCAAGCCAACAUGUCUACCAAUUAAAGAUUUCACAGCUGAGUUAAUUGAAAACCAAGGACUAACUGUAGCUGGUUGGGGGAGCAAUGGAACUGAUAGGAACACAAUCAAGAUGGAAGUUCAUAUACCAUUCGUAUCAAGAGAGAAUUGCUCUAAGGUGUUCAGCAACAUUACUGAUGACGUGAUCUGUGCGGGGGGAGUUAGGAAGAAAGAUAGCUGUGGAGGGGAUUCAGGAGGGCCUCUGAUGCAUGAAUGGGACGACCUAAAAUUUGUGGUAGUAGGGAUAGUGAGCUAUGGCAUCAAAGGUUGCGGCUUAGAAGGUAUACCUGGAGUUUAUACCAAUGUGUUUCGUUACAUGGAUUGGAUAAAACAUAAUGCUAUUUGAUACAACUAUCAAACAACUAUACCAAACCCAUAGAGAAAGAUACAAAGGAUUGCUAAUUUUUAAAAUUUUAAACCCAAAAGGUAAAUGUCUGAUACAAAAAUAUGUAAAUAUGAAUAUCAUUCGU